ACUCUAGCGGGAGAAAGACAAGUUCUCGCGAGGGCCUAGUCUUCCGUUUCCCUGGAGACGGGGCCGCCUAGGCCUCGCUCGCCGGGAAGACUUGGUCCUACUUGGCGAUAUGGCGGGUGCGCCGCAGCCUCCCGCAGCGCCGCCUGAGGCUGGCCUACAGACGCGGAUCGUGGAGAACCAGCCUUACGAUGAGAGCCUGGACGUCAACGAGACGGAGGACGUGGCCAGCAUCUACGCGCCCAGCCCUCCGCAGCCAGGCCCUCGCCGCGUCCGCUCCCAGCACAAGAGCCUGGCCGAAAACAGCAGCGAGGAGGACGACGAGGAGAUACUCAAGGAGAAGAAGGCUUCCCAACUGGCCUCCCAGCCUCGUUUCAGUGGGAACGAGGUAGAAGAUGAGGACGACGACUCUUCAGAGACGGACUCUGAUGACGAUGACGACGAUGAAGAGCACGGCGCUCCUCUGGAGGGGGCAUACAACUCAGCAGAUUAUGACUACCUGCCAGUCUCCCUGGAGAUCAAGGAGCUUUUCCAGUACAUCCGGAGGUAUUCUUCACAAAUGAUUGACCUGGAGCACAAGCUGAAACCUUUCAUUCCAGACUUCAUUCCAGCUGUUGGGGACAUUGAUGCCUUCUUAAAGGUUCCACGCCCUGAUGGGAAGCCAGAUAAUCUUGGAUUGCUGGUGCUGGAUGAGCCAUCGACCAAGCAGUCCGACCCCACUGUUCUCUCCCUCUGGCUAACGGAAAACUCUAAGCAGCACAAUGUGGCCCAGCAGAUUAAAGUGAAGAGCCUGGAGAAUGCUGAGAAGAAUCCCAAAGCCAUUGAGAGCUGGAUUGAGAGCAUCAGUGAGCUGCAUCGCUGCAAGCCCCCAGCUACAGUCCACUAUGCUAGGCCCAUGCCUGAUAUAGACACGCUGAUGCAGGAGUGGUCCCCUGAGUUUGAAGAGCUGCUGGGAAAGGUGAGCCUUCCCACUGCAGAUAUUAACUGCAGCCUGGGAGAAUACACAGACAUGAUAUGUGCUAUUCUGGACAUUCCUGUCUACAAGGGCCAUAUCCAGUCCCUGCACACCCUUUUCUCCCUCUACUCAGAAUUCAAAAAUUCACAGCAUUUCAAGGCUCUGGCUGAGGGCAAGAAGGUUGCAAGCCCUCCCUCCAAUCCCCCCUCACAGGCUGGCGAGACAGACAUCCUGAGCUUUACCUGAGAUGUCUACCUUCCCGCCCCAGGUGGGACCUGUUCCCGAGAAGUGCCAGUCUGUGAUGCUGCAGGGCCUGAGGCCUUCUUGUUUGGGCAACUGCUAUUCAGGCUUCCAGUGGACCUAAUGGAGCACAGUCAGGAUCUGGCUCAAGGGCCCCUGACCACUCAGAAAGCCACCAGCAUCUCAUCUACCUUUCUUUGUACAGCUUCUGUGAGAAUUUGCCUUAUUAAAGUUUUGCUCAUAGUG